AUGCGCGCAGUGUUCGCGGCGCUGGACGCGGACGGCGACGGGGUGAUCUCCGCGGACGACCUCCGCGCGUACUCCGCCCAGCGCGGGCUCCCCGCGGGGUACGCGCUGGAGUUCGUGAGCCGCGCGCAGCAUGGGCGGAGGGGCGCGGAGGAGCAUUUAUACGGGGAGUGGCGGACGGAUCCGCAGGGUUUGCGCAACGGCUUGUCUGGUGGCGGAUGGAACGGCGCGGGGUGCACGGCGGGGGGGCUUCAGGCAGGCGGAAUGGCGGGAGCUGGCAUCGGCGGAAUGCCGAUUUUGGGAGGGGGGGAAGGAGUGGCGUCAUGUGGACAGGCAGGGUCAGGCGGAGCGAGCGGAACGGGCGGAACGAGGGGAGGCAAUGUGGCGCUGUGCCUCGCGUCAGCGGGGUUUGCGGCGUCGUCCUCCCAGGCGCUCCCGCCGGUGGACCUUCCGGCGCUGCUCUCCUCUGCGGCGCAGCAGCUUCAGCGCGGGCUGGGCUCGGCGCGCUUGCACCUCAGCAGCCUCAGCAGCGGCGGAAACGGCGGAAUCGGCGGAAGCAGCGGAAUCAGCGGAAGCGGCGGCGGCGGCGGCGGCGGCGGAAUCGGCGGCGGCGGCGGAGUGUCGUAUGCAGCAUUCGAGGAGUUCGUGGAUGCGAGGGACAGGGUCCUGUGGGACUCGUUUAGAUGCAUGGACAGUAACGGGGAUGGCCGCGUGUCGCAAGCGGACCUCGAGCGCAGCAUGAGGGACCUCGCGUCCCGUUGCAACCACGCUGCUUCUGCCAGCCCCAUCAGCACAGCCGGUAACACGGCCAACGUCACCACCAUCACUACCAACCCAACUGCUGGCAGCUGUACUCAAUCCAGCAGCUGUACUCAGGCCAGCAGCAGCACCAACCCUGUGCGGCUGGGACAGCCGUGCUCUGUGGAUUCCGUUGGGCGGACUUGUAGCGGGAAGAUGGUGAGAGCCGUGCAGCAGCAGCCUGUUCUGCAGCAACAGCAGCAGCAGCAGCAACAGCAGCAGCAGCAGCAGCAGCAGCAGCAGCAGCAGCAGCAGCAGCAGCAGCAGCAGCAGCAGGAGAAGGCAGUUUUGCAGCGGAUUAGACAGCAGGCGCGCAGAGGCACUGCUGCUGGGGAUCCGUUGUCUCAAUCCGUAUCAUUCGAGGAGUUCCGGGACUACUUCACGCUCCUCCCUGCCUCUGACCAUCUCUUUGACUACUGGAUCUCCGCCUCCUGCCCGCUCGCCUGCCACGCUCCCUCCACACCGCAACCCUUCAAAGCGCGAGAAACACUUCAGGGGACUGCAGCGGUAUUAGGCACAGCCGCCACUGCGGGAAAUGUGUUGAAAAGGAAGGUUCCACGAAGAGGGUCUGUGAGAAGAACCAGCAGCAAUAGCAGCAAGGGUGCCAGCACAGGCGGCAGCAACAGCGGCGGCGGCGGCAGCAGGAGAAGUAAAGGGGCGGGCGGCGUGUGGCGGCAUCUAGUGGCGGGCGGCAUGGCAGGAGCGACGUCCCGCACCGUGACUGCUCCUUUGGAGACCCUCCGCCUGCGCAUGAUGGUCUCGUCCGAACAUGGCCUCCUGCAAACGUGCUCUCAAGUGUGGAGUGAGGCGGGCUGGCGGGCAUUCUUCCGGGGCAACAUGGUGAACGUGGUGCGCUCAGCCCCUCAGAAGGCGAUCGACUUCUUUGCCUUUGAGGCCUUCAAGCAAGCCAUGGCCACCAUCUUCCCCGCGGGCCCUGCGGGACUUCAGGUGGUGACAGCAGGUGCUUUGGCAGGUGCCACGUCAACUCUGGCUCUCUACCCUCUCGACGUCGUCAGGAGCCGCCUCACUGUUGCCGCCCGCUCCCAGUACACAGGCAUUGCCCAUGCCCUCACAACUAUAGCCAAAACCGAGGGUGUCCCAGCCCUGUAUAGGGGCCUCGGCGUGUCUCUCCUCUCCAUCCUACCAGAGGCAGCCAUCACAUACGGCUGCUUUGACCUCCUCAAGUGCGCUCUGCAACACUCCACUGGCCGCACCUACACAGGCAUCGCCCACGCUCUAACCACGAUAGCCAAGACAGAAGGUGUGCCGGCGCUUUAUAGAGGCCUGGGCGCCUCCCUCCUCUCCAUCCUACCAGAGGCAGCCAUCACAUACGGCUGCUUCGACCUCCUCAAGACCGCCCUGCAGCACUCCACUGGCCGCACCGUGGGAGUGCUGCCCGCCCUGGCCUGUGGCUACACAGGCAUCGCCCACGCUCUAACCACGAUAGCCAAGACAGAAGGCGUGCCGGCGCUUUAUAGAGGCCUGGGCGCCUCCCUCCUCUCCAUCCUACCAGAGGCAGCCAUCACAUACGGCUGCUUCGACCUGCUUAAGACCGCCCUGCAGCACUCCACUGGCCGCACCGUGGGCGUGCUGCCCGCCCUGGCCUGCAUCGCCCACGCUCUAACCACGAUAGCCAAGACAGAAGGCGUGCCGGCGCUUUAUAGAGGCCUGGGCGCCUCCCUCCUCUCCAUCCUACCAGAGGCAGCCAUCACAUACGGCUGCUUCGACCUCCUCAAGACCGCCCUGCAGCACUCCACUGGCCGCACUGUGGGCGUGCUGCCUGCCCUGGCAUGUGGCGUCGCCUCUGCUUUCACCGGCCAGCUUGUGGCGUAUCCCCUCGAGCUUGUUGCGAGGCGCCUGCAGGUCUCUGCUGUUGCUGCUGCUGGCGCUGCUGCUGGUGCUGCUGCUGGUACAGUUGCAGCAGGUGCGGCGAAGCAAAAUCUGGUUACCGUUACCAAGGCGAUACUGGCGGAACGGGGAGUGGCAGGGCUGUAUCAGGGUAUUGUGCCGGCCUCCCUGAAGGUCAUCCCUAUGGCAAUUGUGAGCUUUGGAGUGUAUGAAUCGGUGAAGUUUGCCCUGGUGCAACUGGCUGAGAAGGAGGAGGGGUGGCGGGAGGAGAGGGAGAGGAGGCGGGAGGAGGAGGAGGGGAGGCGGAGGUGGGUGGAGGAGGAGAGGAGGUUGGUGGAGGAGGAGAGGAGGGGGAGGAGGGUGUGCUUGCCGGUGUGUAAGGCGUGCUGGCGGGAGGGAGGGUUGUGUGGGAGGCAGAGGGGGAGUGCACUGCUGGUGGUGUGA